GCUCCGCGCCCGGCGUCCUCGCCGCGCCUCCGCCGCGCGAUGUGAGGCGGCGGCGCCAGCCUGGCUCUCGGCUCGGGCGAGCUCUCUGCGGCCAUUAGGGGCCGGUGCGGCGGCGGCGCGGAGCGCGGCGGCAGGAGGAGGGCUCGGAGGGUGGGGGCGCAGGUCCGGGAGGGGGCACCGGGAGGAGGUGAGUGUCUCUCGUCGCCUCCUCCUCUCCCCCCUUUUCGCCCCCGCCUCCUUGUGGCGAUGAGAAGGAGGAGGACAGCGCCGAGGAGGAAGAGGCUGAUGGCGGCGGCGGAGCUCCGAGAGACCUCGGCUGGGCAGGGGCCGGCCGUGGCGGGCCGGGGACUGCGCCUCUAGAGCCGCGAGUUCUCGGGAAUUCGCCGCAGCGGACGCGCUCGGCGGAUUUGUGCUCCUGUGCCCUCCUCCGGGCCUGGGCCCAGGCCCGGCCCCUCGCAAUUGCCCCUACCUUUUCUAUCGAGUCCGCAUCCCUCUUCGGCCACCGCGACCCGGCGAAGAGAAAAAGGAACUUCCCCCCCACCCCCUUCGGGGGCCGGCGGAGCCCCCCAAGCCCACCCCAGGGAGCGGGGGGGGAGCCCCGGCCGAAGAAGAGAUUUCCCGAGGAUUCUCGUUUUCCUCGCCUGUAUCUCCGAAAGAAUUAAAAAUGGCCGAGAAUGUGGUGGAACCGGGGCCGCCUUCAGCCAAGCGGCCUAAACUCUCAUCUCCGGCCCUCUCGGCGUCGGCCAGCGAUGGCACAGAUUUUGGCUCUCUUUUUGACUUGGAGCAUGACUUACCAGAUGAAUUAAUCAACUCUACAGAAUUGGGACUAACCAAUGGUGGUGAUAUUAGUCAGCUUCAGACAAGUCUUGGCAUAGUUCAAGAUGCAGCCUCUAAACAUAAACAACUGUCAGAAUUGCUACGGUCUGGCAGUUCCCCUAACCUCAAUAUGGGGGUUGGUGGCCCGGGCCAAGGCAUGGCCAGCCAGGCCCAACAGAACAGUCCUGGAUUAGGUCUGAUAAAUAGCAUGGUCAAAAGCCCAAUGGCACAGGCAGGCUUGACUUCUCCCAACAUGGGAAUGGGCACUAGUGGACCAAAUCAGGGUCCUACGCCAUCUGCAGCAGGUAUGAUGAACAGUCCAGUAAAUCAACCUACCAUGGGAAUGAACACAGGGAUGAAUGCUGGCAUGAAUCCUGGAAUGCUGAAUGCAGGCAAUGGACAGGGGAUGAUGCCCAAUCAAGUCAUGAACGGUUCAAUUGGAGCAGGCCGAGGGCGACCUAAUAUGCAGUACCCAAACCCAGGCAUGGGAAAUGCUGGCAAUUUAAUGACUGAGCCACUACAGCAAGGCUCUCCUCAGAUGGGAGGACAAACAGGAUUGAGGGGCCCCCAGCCUCUUAAGAUGGGAAUGAUGAACAACCCUAAUCCUUACGGUUCACCAUACACUCAGAAUUCUGGACAGCAGAUUGGAGCCAGUGGCCUUGGUCUCCAGAUUCAGACAAAGUCUGUACUACCAAAUAGCUUACCUCCAUUUGCAAUGGACAAAAAGGCAGUUCCUGGUGGAGGAAUGCCCAACAUGGGUCAACAGCAGGCCCCACAGGUCCAGCAGCCAGGCCUCGUGACUCCGGUAGCCCAAGGGAUGGGUUCUGGAGCGCACACGGCUGAUCCAGAGAAGCGCAAGCUCAUCCAGCAGCAGCUCGUGCUCCUGUUGCACGCCCACAAGUGCCAGCGCCGCGAGCAGGCUAAUGGGGAAGUAAGGCAGUGCAACCUUCCCCACUGUCGCACGAUGAAGAACGUCCUGAACCACAUGACACACUGCCAGUCAGGCAAGUCCUGCCAAGUGGCACACUGUGCAUCUUCUCGACAAAUCAUUUCACACUGGAAGAAUUGUACGAGGCAUGAUUGUCCUGUGUGUCUCCCCCUUAAAAAUGCUGGAGAUAAGAGAAAUCAACAGUCAAUUCUGACUGGAGCACCAGUUGGACUUGGAAAUACUAGCUCUCUAGGGGUGGGUCAGCAGUCUACCCCCAGCCUAAGCACUGUCAGUCAGAUUGAUCCCAGCUCUAUAGAAAGGGCCUAUGCAGCUCUUGGGCUGCCCUAUCAAGUAAAUCAGAUGCCGACGCAACCCCAGGUGCAAGCAAAGAACCAGCAGACUCAGCAGUCUGGCCAGUCUCCCCAAGGCAUGCGGCCCAUGAGCAACAUGAGUGCUAGUCCUAUGGGAGUAAAUGGAGGUGUAGGGGUUCAAACAUCGAAUCUUCUUUCUGACUCAAUGUUACAUUCAGCCAUAAAUUCUCAAAACCCAAUGAUGAGUGAAAAUGCCAGUGUGGCCUCCCUAGGUCCUAUGCCAACAGCAGCUCAACCAUCUAAUACUGGAAUUCGGAAACAGUGGCAUGAAGAUAUUACUCAGGAUCUUCGAAAUCAUCUUGUUCACAAACUAGUUCAAGCCAUAUUUCCUACUCCGGAUCCUGCUGCUUUAAAAGACAGACGGAUGGAAAACUUGGUUGCAUAUGCCCGGAAAGUGGAAGGAGACAUGUACGAAUCUGCAAAUAAUCGGGCCGAAUACUACCACCUGCUAGCUGAGAAAAUCUAUAAGAUCCAGAAAGAACUAGAAGAAAAACGAAGGACUAGACUACAGAAACAAAACAUGCUACCAAGUGCUGCAGGCAUGGUACCAGUUUCUAUGAAUCCAGGGCCUAAUAUGGGGCAGCCACAACCAGGAAUGACUUCCAAUGGCCCUCUGCCUGACCCAUCUAUGAUCCGUGGCAGUGUGCCAAACCAGAUGAUGCCUCGGAUAACUCCACAGCCUGGUAUGAAUCAAUUUGGCCAGAUGAGUAUGCCCCAGCCCCCAAUUGGACCCCGGCAAACCUCUCCUCUUCAGCACCAUGGACAGUUAGCUCAGCCUGGAACUCUCAACCCAGCACAGAUGUCCAGUUCUUCCUGCCCUGUGAAUUCUCCUAUAAUGCCUCCAGGGUCUCAAGGGAGCCACAUUCACUGUCCCCCUCUCCCUCAAUCAGCUCUGCAUCAGAAUUCACCCUCUCCAGUACCUAGUCGCACCCCCACACCUCACCACACUCCCCCAAGCAUAGGGGCUCAGCAGCCACCAGCAACAGCAAUUCCAGCCCCUGUUCCUACACCUCCAGCCAUGCCGCCUGGGCCACAGACCCAAGCUCUCCAUCCACCUCCAAGGCAGACACCUACACCGCCACCAACGCAACUCCCUCCCCAAGUUCAACCUUCACUUCCUGCUGCCCCUUCCGCCGACCAGCCGCAGCAGCAGCCUCUCUCACAGCAGAGUACAGCAGCAUCUGUUCCCACCCCAACGGCACCGCUGCUGCCUCCACAGCCUGCGACUCCACUUUCCCAGCCAGCUGUAAGCAUUGAAGGGCAGGUAUCAAACCCUCCAUCUACUAGCAGCACAGAAGUGAAUUCUCAGACCAUUCCUGAGAAGCAGCCUUCACAGGAAGUGAAAAUGGAGGCUAAGAUGGAAGUGGAUCAACCAGAACCAGCAGAUACUCAGCCGGAGGACAUCCCAGAGACUAAAGCAGAAGACUGUAAAAUGGAACCUACAGAAACAGAGGAGAGAGGCACGGAGUUAAAAACUGAAACAAAAGAAGAGGAAGACCAGCCGAGUACUUCGGCUACCCAGUCAUCUCCAGCCCCGGGACAGUCAAAGAAGAAGAUUUUUAAACCAGAAGAGUUACGACAGGCACUGAUGCCAACAUUGGAGGCACUUUACCGACAGGAUCCAGAAUCCCUUCCCUUUCGUCAACCUGUGGACCCUCAACUUCUAGGAAUCCCUGAUUACUUUGAUAUUGUGAAAAGCCCCAUGGAUCUUUCCACCAUCAAGAGGAAGUUAGACACUGGACAGUAUCAGGAGCCCUGGCAGUAUGUGGAUGACAUUUGGCUUAUGUUCAACAAUGCCUGGUUGUAUAAUCGGAAAACAUCACGGGUGUACAAAUACUGCUCCAAGCUGUCUGAGGUCUUUGAACAAGAAAUUGACCCAGUAAUGCAAAGCCUUGGAUAUUGUUGUGGCAGAAAGUUGGAGUUCUCUCCACAGACACUCUGUUGCUAUGGCAAACAGUUAUGCACAAUCCCUCGUGAUGCCACUUACUACAGUUACCAGAACAGGUAUCAUUUCUGUGAGAAGUGUUUCAAUGAAAUCCAAGGGGAGAGCGUUUCUUUGGGGGAUGACCCUUCCCAGCCUCAAACUACAAUAAAUAAAGAACAAUUUUCCAAGAGAAAAAAUGACACACUGGAUCCUGAACUGUUUGUUGAAUGUACAGAGUGUGGAAGAAAGAUGCAUCAGAUCUGUGUCCUUCAUCAUGAAAUCAUUUGGCCAUCUGGAUUUGUCUGCGAUGGCUGUUUAAAGAAAUCUGCACGAACCAGGAAAGAGAAUAAAUUUUCUGCUAAAAGGUUGCCAUCUACCAGGCUUGGCACCUUUCUGGAGAAUCGUGUGAAUGACUUUCUUAGGCGACAAAAUCACCCUGAGUCAGGAGAGGUCACUGUUCGGGUAGUUCAUGCUUCUGACAAAACUGUGGAAGUCAAACCAGGCAUGAAAGCAAGGUUUGUAGAUAGUGGAGAGAUGGCAGAAUCCUUUCCAUACCGAACCAAAGCCCUCUUUGCCUUUGAAGAGAUAGACGGUGUUGACUUAUGUUUCUUUGGCAUGCACGUUCAAGAGUAUGGCUCUGACUGCCCUCCGCCCAACCAGAGGAGAGUUUACAUAUCAUACCUCGACAGUGUUCAUUUCUUCCGUCCUAAAUGCUUGAGGACCGCAGUGUAUCAUGAAAUUCUAAUUGGAUAUUUAGAAUACGUCAAGAAAUUAGGAUAUACAACAGGGCAUAUAUGGGCAUGUCCCCCGAGCGAGGGAGAUGACUAUAUCUUCCAUUGCCAUCCUCCUGACCAGAAGAUACCGAAGCCCAAGCGACUGCAGGAGUGGUAUAAAAAGAUGCUUGACAAGGCCGUGUCUGAGCGAAUCGUCCAUGACUACAAGGAUAUUUUUAAACAAGCUACUGAAGAUCGAUUAACAAGUGCAAAGGAGUUGCCUUACUUUGAGGGUGAUUUCUGGCCCAAUGUUCUGGAAGAGAGCAUUAAAGAACUGGAACAGGAGGAGGAAGAGAGAAAGAGAGAAGAAAACACCAGCAACGAAAGCACAGAUGUGACAAAGGGAGACAGCAAAAAUGCUAAAAAGAAAAAUAAUAAGAAAACCAGCAAAAACAAGAGCAGCCUCAGUAGGGGCAACAAGAAGAAGCCAGGCAUGCCCAAUGUGUCCAACGACCUCUCGCAGAAGCUGUAUGCCACAAUGGAAAAACACAAAGAGGUCUUCUUUGUGAUCCGUCUCAUCGCCGGCCCUGCCGCCAACUCCCUGCCUCCCAUUGUUGACCCUGACCCCCUCAUCCCCUGCGAUCUGAUGGAUGGGCGGGAUGCCUUCCUCACCCUCGCAAGGGACAAGCACCUGGAGUUCUCUUCACUGCGCAGAGCCCAGUGGUCCACCAUGUGUAUGCUGGUGGAGCUGCACACCCAGAGCCAGGACCGCUUUGUCUACACGUGCAACGAGUGCAAGCACCACGUGGAGACGCGCUGGCACUGCACCGUGUGCGAGGAUUACGAUUUGUGUAUCACCUGCUAUAACACUAAAAACCAUGACCACAAAAUGGAGAAACUAGGUCUCGGCCUAGAUGAUGAGAGCAACAGCCAGCAGGCCGCGGCCACCCAGAGCCCAGGAGACUCUCGCCGCCUGAGCAUCCAGCGCUGCAUCCAGUCCCUGGUGCACGCCUGCCAGUGCCGCAACGCCAACUGCUCGCUGCCGUCCUGCCAGAAGAUGAAGCGGGUCGUGCAGCACACCAAGGGCUGCAAGCGGAAAACCAAUGGAGGCUGCCCCAUCUGCAAGCAGCUCAUCGCCCUGUGCUGCUACCAUGCCAAGCACUGCCAGGAGAACAAGUGCCCGGUGCCCUUCUGCCUCAACAUCAAGCAAAAGCUCCGGCAGCAGCAGCUGCAGCACCGGCUGCAGCAGGCCCAGAUGCUCCGCAGGAGGAUGGCCAGCAUGCAGCGGACCGGCGUGGUGGGGCAGCAACAAGGCCUGCCCUCCCCGACUCCCGCCACGCCCACCACGCCCACCGGCCAGCAGCCCACCACCCCGCAGACGCCCCAGCCCCAGCCCCCCUCUCAGCCCCAGCCUACCCCUCCCAACAGCAUGCCACCCUACUUGCCUAGGACUCAGGCUCCUGGCCCUGUCUCCCAGGGUAAGGCGGCGGGCCAGGUGACCCCUCCGACCCCCCCUCAGACUGCUCAGCCACCCCUUCCGGGGCCCCCACCUGCGGCAGUGGAAAUGGCAAUGCAGAUUCAGAGGGCGGCUGAGACGCAGCGCCAGAUGGCCCACGUGCAAAUUUUUCAGAGACCAAUCCAGCACCAGAUGCCCCAGAUGACUCCGAUGGCCCCCAUGGGUAUGAACCCACCCCCCAUGGCCAGAGGUCCCAGUGGGCAUUUGGAGCCAGGGAUGGGGCCCGCGGGCAUGCAGCAACAGCCGCCGUGGGCCCAAGGAGGCUUGCCUCAACCCCAGCAACUACAGCCCGGGAUGCCAAGGCCGGCCAUGAUGUCAGUGGCCCAGCACGGUCAGCCCUUGAAUAUGGCUCCCCAACCGGGACUGGGCCAGGUAGGCGUGAGCCCUCUCAAACCAGGCACUGUGUCUCAACAAGCCUUACAAAACCUUUUGCGGACUCUCAGGUCUCCCAGCUCUCCCCUACAGCAGCAACAGGUGCUUAGUAUCCUUCACGCCAACCCCCAGCUGUUGGCCGCGUUCAUCAAGCAGCGGGCUGCCAAGUAUGCCAACUCUAACCAACAGCCCCUCCCCGGGCAGCCUGGCAUGCCCCAGGGCCAGCCGGGGCUGCAGCCACCUACCAUGCCGGGCCAGCAGGGCGUCCACUCUAAUCCGGCCAUGCCGAACAUGAACCCCAUGCAGGCAGGCGUCCAGAGGGCCGGCCUGCCGCAGCAGCAGCCACCGCAGCAGCAACUCCAGCCACCCAUGGGAGGGAUGAGCCCCCAGGCUCAGCAGAUGAACAUGAAUCACAACGCCAUGCCUUCACAGUUCCGAGACCUCUUGAGACGGCAGCAGAUGAUGCAGCAGCAGCAGCAGCAGCAGCAGCAGGGAGCCGGGCCCGGAAUCGGCCCUGGAAUGGCCAACCACAACCAGUUCCAGCAACCCCAGGGAGUUGGCUACCCCCCACCGCAGCAGCAGCAGCAGCAGCGGAUGCAGCAUCACAUGCAACAGAUGCAACAAGGGAACAUGGGACCGAUGGGCCAGCUCCCCCAGGCCUUGGGAGCCGAGGCAGGAGCCAGUCUGCAGGCGUAUCAGCAGCGACUCCUCCAGCAACAGAUGGGGUCCCCCGCUCAGCCCAACCCCAUGAGCCCCCAACAGCAUAUGCUCCCAAACCAGGCUCAGUCCCCACACCUCCAAGGCCAGCAGAUCCCUUCUUCUCUCUCCAAUCAAGUGCGUUCACCCCAGCCUGUCCCUUCUCCGCGGCCACAGUCCCAGCCCCCCCACUCCAGCCCUUCCCCGAGGAUGCAGCCUCAGCCUUCUCCACACCACGUGUCCCCACAGACCAGUUCUCCACAUCCUGGACUGGUAGCUGCCCAGGCCAACCCCAUGGAACAAGGGCAUUUUGCCAGCCCGGACCAGAGUUCAAUGCUUUCUCAGCUCGCUAGCAAUCCAGGCAUGGCAAACCUCCAUGGUGCAAGCGCCACGGACCUGGGACUCAGCACCGAUAACUCAGACUUGAAUUCAAACCUCUCACAGAGUACACUAGACAUACACUAGAGACACCUUGUAGUAUUUUGGGAGCAAAAAAAUUAUUUUCUCUUAACAAGACUUUUUGUACUGAAAACAAUUUUUUUGAAUCUUUCUUAGCCUAAAAGACAAUUUUCCGUGGAACACAUAAGAACUGUGCAGUAGCUGUUUGUGGUUUAAAGCAAACAUGCGAGAUGAACCUGAGGGAUGAUAGAAUACAAAGAAUAUAUUUUUGUUAUGGCUGGUUUCCCACCAGCCUUUUUUUCCCCCCUUGUGUGUGUGGUUCAAGUGUGCACUGGGAGGAGGCUGAGGUCCGUGAAGCCAACCAUAUGCUCCUGCCUUGCACCUCCAAUAGGUUUUAUUAUUUUUUUUAAAUUAAUGAAAAUAUGUAAUAUUAAUAGUUAUUAUUUACUGGUGCAGAUGGUUGACAUUUUUCCCUAUUUUCCUCACUUUAUGGAAGAGUUAGAACAUUUCUAAAACCAGAGGACAAAAGGGGUUAAUGUUACUUUAAAAUUACAUUCUAUAUAUAUAUAAAUAUAUAUAAAUAUAUAUUAAAAUACCAAUUUUUUUUCUCUGGGUGCAAAGAUGUUCAUUCUUUUAAAAAUGUAAAAAAAAAAAAAAAAACAAACAAAAAAAAAAAACUCCUUUCCUCCCCUCAAGUCAACUUUUGUGCUCCAGAAAAUUUUCUAUUCCGUAAGUCUGAGCGUAAAAACUUCAAGUAUUAAAAUAAUUUGUACAUGUAGAGAGAAAAAUGACUUUUUCAAAAUAUACAGGGGCAGCUGCCAAAUUGAUGUAUUAUAUAUUGUGGUUCUGUUUCUUGAAAGAAUUUUUUUCGUUAUUUUUACAUCUAACAAAGGAAAAAAUUAAAAAGAGGGUAAGAAACGAUUCCAGCGGGAUGAUUUUAACAUGCAAAAUAUCCCUGGGGUUUCUUCUUUGCUUGCUUUCUUCCUCCUUACCCUGCCCCCACCCCACAUACACACAUACACACACACACACACACACACACUUUCUGUAAAACUUGAAAAUAGAAAGCAAAAACCCUCAACUGUUGUAAAUCAUGCAAUUAAAGUUGAUUACUUAUAAAUAUGAACUUUGGAUCACUGUAUAGACUGUUAAAUUUGAUUUCUUAUUACCUAUUGUUAAAUAAACUGUGUGAGACAGAUA